AUGAAGGUAAAGUUUCUCCUGCUGUUUGUGAGCCUCCUCUGUUUGUCUGAACUCGCUUCAUCACAGGACGGUUGCGGGCAGCGCUACCUGGUUGGUCCUCCAGGUGGCUCUCGGAUCGUGGGGGGGCGGGAGGCUCCAGAGGGGGCGUGGCCGUGGCAGGUCAGCAUCCAGCUCCAGUCCAGGCACCACUGUGGAGGCGCCAUCCUCAACAGGCUCUGGGUUCUCACCGCCACACACUGCUUCCACAAAUUCCUAUGGAUCAGCAGAAGGCACUUUCGUGUGGUGGCAGGCCUGCGAGUGUUGUCCACUCCCGGAGAUCACGUCCAGAUCCGCAGCAUCAGCAAAGUGAAAACGCACGAGGACUACAGUGACAUCACGGGUGACAAUGAUGUGAUGCUGAUCCUGCUCAGUUCUCCCUUCAACUUCACCGACCACGUCCAGCCCAUCUGCACUCCCCUUGACGUGACGCACGAGUCUGUCCUCAGCUUCAGCCACUGCUUCGUCACUGGAUGGGGCAGCGCCUACUACCAAGGUAGGCUGAUGAACAGAUUGCAGGAGGCUGAGGUGGAGCUCAUCAACAGCAGCACAUGUAACCUGGCCAGCUGGUACGACGGCCUCAUCUCUGAAAACAUGAUCUGCGCCGGACUGGAGAGCGGAGCGGCCGACACCUGUCAGGGCGACAGCGGGGGUCCCCUGCAGUGCUAUAGCGAGAGCCAGGAGAAGUUCUAUGUGGUCGGAGUGACGAGCUUCGGGGAGAAGUGCGGACUUCCUCACAAGCCUGGAGUUUACGCACGGACCAGCAGGUUUGCAGGUUGGCUGAAGGCGAGUCAGGCUGCAGCAUCGGAGUCCGCUGCACACAGACUGAACACAAGACUCCUCUCAGCUCUGCUCGGCGCUGCUCUGAUGCUGCUCUGA